CUUUCACAGAGGACCUAAACGCAUCACAUGGCAAAAUACUGUAAAUAGGAUUCUUGUCCGUGUUAAGUAGCGGUCCAGCUAACUUUGAAGCUAACAAUGCCUGGGAAAUGUAAAUUCCAGGAUUCCUGGCUGACAAAGGACGCUUUCAAGGACUGGCUGGUCAAAGACGCCGAUGACAUUCAUUUCGCUCGGUGCAGGGCCUGCUGUAAAUCAAUCAAACUUCAGACCAUGGGCGAGGCUGCUCUCACCAGCCACGCAGGCGGAGCUGGCCACAAAGCUGCGGUCCGAAAGCUGCUGGAAGGUGUUUUAAUAGGCGAUGCAAGACAGAUGAACGGCAACACAAAUCUGGUAGAGAAGAGCAAGGAGCAAAUGGCCCUUGCCCUCCAGCGUGAAGCUUUGGACAGAAUCACAGGCAGCGACUGGUCAGACCUGCAUCAGAGUCCCUCUACAAACUCCAGCUCCCACAAUGCAGAGCUGCAGGAUGCAGCCUUUCCUGUUGCGUACUUCACAGUCCCAGGAACCUCGAGAACCAUCAACCAUCACCUUCAUCCGUCCGACAUCAAGGAGGAGGAGGUCAGCCGCCGCCUGACCCCUCAUGACUCUGUGGACUUUUCAAGACUGGAGCUUCAGCAGCGGACAGAGGCUUUGGAGCAGCUGGAUCAGAUGAAGAUCCUGGAGUGGGAAAACCGGAUGAAGGUACUUGCCUGGGAACAGGAGCUGGUCCGGGAGAAAAGGAAAGCAGCUCGACAGAAGGAGAAGGCCUUCAGGAUGAAAAAGGCCUAUUACAAGGCCAAGCUAAAGAGGCUGGGUGAAGACGUGCCACCGUCCUCCUCCAGCAGUGGCGAAGAAGACGAAAAGAUAUCCGAGCUCAACGGCUGAUCUGAUCUUUUUCAUGCUUGUUUCAUUCUCGUGGUGUUUGUCUAUAAUCUUUGGGACUAUUUUUUAUAGAUUUCUAUAUCGAAGGUUCUGGUGUGGGUUAGUGGAAACAGACCGUGGGCGUCAGAAGUCAUUGAUUGGAUAUUCACAAUACGGAACACACACAAAAAAAAACACCUUUUGGUUCCUGGCUGGUCUGGAAAAAUCUGGAAUUUGAUUCAGUUUGUUUUUUCCAAGAAUGGAAACGACUGAGAAAAAUCUAAAUAUUUGUCUUUCCUUCCCUCCCUCAUGUUCUACCUUCCUUUAUUCAUCCUUCCUUCUGUCCUCGUGUCCUACCGCCAUCCUCUCUUCCCUGCAUCCUUCAUUUGGUUGUUUUUAUUUUUUUUUGUAGAAAAAUCUGCCAUACAGUCUUAGCGAAUGUUAGUAUUUUAUAUUUUAAAGCGAAAGUAAAGGCUGAGUCUGGACGUUUUCCAUGAAUAACUUGUUGCAACCAUGAUGACAUAUGUACUGUGACACAUGGCAGUGACGGUUGUCAGUUCGAAUCCUCUCUCGGACGUCGUGUUCUUGGGCAAAACGCGUCACCUGCCCGGUGGCGGUCAGAGAGCCCGGUGGUGCUGAAGCAUGUGAAUGGGUGAAUGAUUGUAGUGUGGAGUGUUUUGAGGUUCUCUGGACUUGAUGAAACUUUACACAAGUACUGGCCAUCUAACAUGUGCAGGUUUGUGUGUGACGGCAGCUGGUUGUGUGGCUGCUUUCCUAAAAAAAUAAAAUAAAACACAACUCUUAUUUGGAAUGAAGCCGUUCUAAAGUGAAUGUGGUACUAAUGUUUAAACACAAACUGGCACAAUAAUGAAAAAUAUAUAUAUUUGAUUACUUUGUGAAAUGCACAUUAACAACAACAGUAAUGCUGUCUGCAGUUUUUUUUUUCUUUUUUUUUUACAUGGCAUUGUUUUUUUUGUUGUUGCAUUAUGUUCUUUUAAGGUAAUGUGUUCUUUAUAGUUGCUUCAGCUGAUGUAUUCGGUUUAUUCUCAAUUCAUAGGCCCUCUCUAAAUGCACAGUUUUUAACACUCUUAUUGAGCAUGUUAUUAGAUUUUGCUGUUAAAAAAUCAACAUGUUUGUUCAUAAAAUGUAAUUUUCAUAAACAAAGGAAUGAAUAGUAAAAUUUCCUUCAGAGACUUGACCAUUUUUUGUGUGUCUGUUGCAUCAUUCUGAUAUUACUAAACUGACGUUAGUUACUAAUUAGUGAAAACAGGAUUAGAGAACAUGCUCUAGUAUUUGCUGUUCAGUUGUUUUUCUGGCUUUUGAUCAAGAACCUGAUAAUGAAAGGAGUUAUUUGCAGACAAGACGAGCGGCUCAAUUCAUUUGCACUCUACAAUUAUGCAGUACUUUUAGCGUGUCUGCUACAAAAACUGGAACCGAAUGUAAAAAAGUUCAAGUGUCGUGAAUAAUUUUGCAAAAAGCUGCAUUAAAAGUUUGCUUCACACGUAAACCUUACUUUUUAUCUGAGAAACAGUGAUAUUGUAACAGAGCUGACUGUGUUAAGCUGUCAUCUGAGCCGCUGGCUGUGACGGAGCACUUUGAGAACCAAAACAAGUCAGCAAGAAACACCGUCACAAAAAAAAAAAAGAAGAAAAAAAAAUAACGCUCUGUCAGAAUGUGUCCUCUCCUCGCUGCCUCACUCCCUAAAAUGUCCUCAUGAAUAUGAAACAGUUACAGGCAGAAUAUAAACACACACACACAGUCUGGUAGGAAUAAGGUUUUUUUUUUUUUUUUUUUAAUGUCCAACAUUUCUCUUGUUUUUCUGCGAAAACAGGGGAACAGCUGUUUCCGUCCCGACGGCGGGACAGAAGGCAUCUCAUAAUGAACACACAAGCCAACAAAUACAAUCUCUCAUCAUUCUGCCAUCUUUUCCCUGCCCCCCCCCCCCCCCCCCUUUGUUUUCCUUUUCAAUCUCCAGAACAGAUGACAACAUUUUUGACUCAAAUCUGCCCUCUCUUGCUCUGGUUGUAUGACUUCUACUGGUUUAAAACAAAUUAUCUGGGAGUUGUAGUUUUUGUUCUCUCCCCUCAGAGUGCCAAAGCAGACAAAUGACCAGUGUUGUGCAGGUUUGCAAUGAAGCGUCGCUGCAACAGUAAAUCACACAUCCAUCAAACCCAAGUGAGCCAUUUAAGGAAGAUAAAUAUAACUUUAACUGACUGCAGUCUGGUGGUCUUGGCAGGUUCUUGCAGGUCCUGUACUUUGUGCCUGGCAUAAGAUUUUACUUUUGCUGUUUACAUGUAAACAUUUAUUUUAACACAUUUCCCCACUGUUCAUCAAACUGGGAACUUGUGGCCUUGAGAAACAUAAUUAUCAUAAUAAACAAUAAAUAAAAGUCACACGUGUAAGACAAAACAUCAUUUGGGUUUAAAAAGAAAACACAUUCGUGAUUAAAAAUAAAAAUACGAUUUAAAAGAAAUCGUAAAACAACUCUUUCAUAAAAUGUCAAUAAAUUAUCACUAAAUAAAAUAGAUCUCCAGUCAGUCUGAUCUCAGGAAAACUGUGGAAAGAAAAGAAAAGAAAUAUAUAUUUUUUUAGGCGGACUGCUUCUUUAACUAACUGACAGGUGGCAUUCGCCCAGCAGGAACAUUUUUUGGGAAUAAUCCUGUCAGAAACAGAUUUGGUGUCACGUUCUGAGGAGACGGGGCUGACAGAGGUACAGUCAGAGCGGGAAGAUGCGCGUUUGCUUGUGAUGUGCAUCUUUAUCUCCACUGUCUGCAUUUCCCUCCUCUUUUCCGACUAUUUCCGUCUCCGUGACGGGCGGCGUCCACGCCUUCCUCCCUGCAGCUACGCGUUUUACAACAGUCAUGAUUUCUGACCCAGUUUAUCCUCCUACUGAUGAUGUCUAGCUUUGUAACAUCCGAUGUCUUUUGUGUCCAUUCUGCUGGAUUUUAGCCCACUUGUAGUUUGUGUCCAUUCUUGAUCUUGCUCAUUCAGACAAACUUCAGCCAAAUUGUUUUUUUUUUGUUGUUUUAACAAAACGCCUCUUUUUCAUUCAUACCACUGAAGAUGUGUUUUUCUCUUAAAGGGUUCAAGAUUGAGAGAAUAUUGGCAGUAACCAUUUUACCUGAUGCCUAGAUGAGCUGGUUCUGCAGGCCGAAGCUAACUUAUACUCUGAGAAGAAUCAAGAUCCAAAUUUACCGUCUUAAACAUCUCAGAUCUAAAACAUGUCAAAGCAGCGCAUGCAAACAAUACAUCACAAACCUAUAGUUCCACAUAUUUAAAUUCCUGCUUUUUUGUUGUCACAAAGACUGGAGGCAGUGUUUUACUAGUGAUCCUCCUAUAAGAAGCACGAGUCCUACAGCUAAAGUGUUUCAGAUCAGAUUAGCUGCCCAACACAAAAGUAAAGUGGUGCACACAGCAAACAUUUUAUUUCAAAUUGUAUUUUGAUUUUUGCACUGGUUUAACUUUUAUUUCUGACGGUAGUCUGAAAGAAUUUUCAUGUUUCACACAGGAAGAUUAAUGGUGGCGCACAGCCUCCUAUUCAUUUGGUUUCUUCGUAAAUAUCCACCUAAUUGAAACAUGGCAGCAGUUGAGUGAUUCAAUAUUUAAGAGUUAAUUGUUAACUUGAGCCGUUAGGACCAACUCAUGUGAAUUCAUACUAAAAGAAGAAACCGAGGUUGAUGCAACACGUCGUAACUUUUCCAAAACGACCUCACUUAAGAAUCCUGAACCUUUAAAGCAUGAACUCGUUGCAUUUUGCAAACAUGAGUGUAAAAGAAUCAGCAGCUGAUUCAAAUACCUACAUCUGCAAAAAAAAUAAUAAAAUAAAAUAAAAUACAAAUUAUAGCUUUUAGCGUCGACACUGCUGACACCUCGUCUCUCCUUUUGUUAGCCAAUGCACUGCAGCAGAAGCUUCGGCUGAUCUCAAAUAAUGCCUCCUUCUCCAUUAAUCCUCCAAAUGGCAGGAAAAAAAACAAUCUGUCUGAAAGAGUAGGAAACACUUUAUCUGAGCUCGUGGUGAACAGUUUGGAGCCUGAUUAGAUUUGAAAAUAAGUGCUUCCUGUCUGGAAUAUUUCCUUCAGGGAGCGUCUGGGAGUGAAAAGAUGCUAAAGACGUGAGCUGACAUAUUCAGGUAGACACCGCGCUGCAUGCAAGCAUCACGUUUGCUUUCAUGUCUUCAAUAAAUAUUUGAGCACGUCGGGAUUCAACAGCAUUGUUCUCGUUAUUUUGUUUUUUUUCUCUCUCUCUUCCGUCAUUCAGAAUCAGAAUCAGUUUGGGCAGUGAGAUAAAACGCCAAAUAGCUGUUUAUAUUCUAGUGAAGAACUAAGGCCUCAGUAACAAAGAAAAUUUUUUCAUUUUGGUUCAUAUUUGUGUAAAAAAAACAAACAAAAGCGGUUUUACUUCUACAGCCAUCACACCAUGUAGGAAGCAUUUUCUAAACGAAGAGCAACACAAAGUUUCAUAGUGAUUUAUGUCCCUUUGGCUUUGAGUUUGGACGAGAGGCUUCUGCAUGAGGAGCUUUUGGAAAUGAGUUUCCUGGUUGCUGCUGGAGAGACUCGGCUGCUCCUGUGCUGGCCCCGGAGGCAGGUUGAGUCAUGAUGCAUCAAAGUGUAAAAAAGAUGCCUCCAGGGGUUCUUAAAAGUGGUUGUUACUUGAUCCUGCCUCGUGGAGAGAGGCAGACGGCGAGAUCAACUUUCACCCACCAGGUUUUUAAAACUGCACUGAUAUGUUCCCGUUACGUCAGCGGAUUGAUACGGUCUGCUUCAGAUUCAGAGAGCACCGGGUUGUGAUUAUAUGCACUGGCUCAAUAAAAAAAAAAAAAAAAAAAAAAAGAGCAUAAUCUCCCUCUUGCAGCAGACACAUCAUGUCACUGAGCUUUAGUAGUUAGGCAACCAUCUUUGAAUCUAAUGUGUUGUUAGCCAUCUUUCUUUGCACAAUCAUCUUGCUCCAUCAGCUCUCCUCUCCUAUAAUAAUUCCUUCCUCUGUUUACAAUCACGCUUCGAUACUUUGAAAUUACCCCUUCAACCGAGUCUUCCCAUAAUCUCGUCACUCUAUUGCCGGACCCCUGCUGCUUUACAUGAAGUUCAAAGGUUUGAGGGACAACAUUCUGAGGGAAAUGUAUUUCUGGGGAGAAAUUUUAGUUUUUUUUUUUUUCUUUUUUUUUUUUUACUUUGUAGAGGGAAUUUCUUCCAUCGGCAACACA